AUGGACACACGUCAAGGUAAGCACGAUAGAACCAUGAAAUGAUAUUCAGCUGAAUACAGCUGUCUUAAAUCAGAAAGGGUCCUUGUUGAAUAUGUUUUCACGAUACAGGAGAUAUUUCGAACUAAGAAUGCAGGAAUGCCGUGUAGCAGAACUUACUUACAGGAAUCUGGCAGAGUGUAGACACUGUUUGCUACUGAUGGUAAAGAAUUUCUCAAAAUCUACCCCUGUUUAGUGUUGUUAUGCACCUUAUCAGGGUUAGUUGUUGGUCUGACUUUAAAUUUUUUGUUGUGGCAUUAAUGCUUUCGCUUUUCACUCGAACAGGAAGCAGAAACAAUAUCAAUGAAUUUAUUAGCUAAUUAAAUCUAAGCACAAGCCAGAGCCUGAGAGGUAAAUCGAAAAUUCCUUUGGAACAUAGACAUCUGCAAGCUGAAGAUCUCUUUUCGUAUAAAAUUUUCUUCCACUGUUAGUUGGACAACAACAAGGUGUUUGAAAUAGUUAUUAAAAUAUUAUUGAUUUGUAAUCAUCACAGGCAAAUAGUGCUUUUUGCUUGCAAUGAUUGGCUAAUGUGAAAGUGAAUGGCAAACACUAUUAACCUUGGAGCAGUCGAUUAAGAGAAAAAAUUGGUUGCCAAGAGUUUCGUUUCCAACCCUUUUUUUGGUAUAUUGAAAGAAAUGAUUAAAACUAGUUUUUUUGUGUCUGUGUGGCAUAUACUAAAACAAGUAUUUACCUCAGUGCCAUCAAAAGUGGAAGAUAUUCAUCCCACUGCUUUGCACCUUGGUAAAUAUCCAUCACUAUUCACCUCUUGUUAGGUGAAUAAUUGUUGAUUAUUCUGUCCACUAGGGUGAGCUGUACAUGUAUUUUGACAUUAUGGUUGACCCACUUUUUGACUGUUCUUUUAGUGUUUACUUUCAUGGUUCUUAUCCUUCAGUUGGUAUCUUUUUUCUGUCAUGAUUUUCCACCAAAGGGCAAGCUGAACUCUCUUGUCAGGACUGCAAAUUGUGGAAACAAAGUUGUUACCAUUGCCUUUCAUUAUAUCCCACCCCACCCUACUUCCACUACCACAUUAAACCUGAGAGGAUCACAAUGAUCCAAUGUUAGAGUAAAUUCUUCAUUUUGCUGUAUUUAUUUGCAAAUAGUUUAACUGUUAAUUUAAGCCAGUUUCAUGUACUUACUUCUGUCUUACAUAAGCCAAUAACAGUUAGAGAGUAGGUGGUAGAGUUCAGUUCAGUUGAGGGUUACUUUUUAAUUUUGAAUUAGUGCUAGCACUUAAAGAACAACCAAGUUCCCUCCUGGUCUGCUAGAUACAUUUUUCUUUGGCAAAUAUAUGCCAAAUAUUUCAUCAAAUGUGAGGUGUAGGAAGGAAAAGUUCAUCCAUGGGUGUGUUGGAAUUUUUUUUAUGUUCUCAAGAAAAUUUUUUUUUUGGAUCCCAUGUGCUGGUUGUAGGUAGCCUUGAUUAACAUAUUGGCUGAUGGGCAGAAUUUACAUGUUUAUUAAUUGAUAUUUGUUUAAAUAGUGGACCAUAGCUGGAUGCUUUGGGUUCAUUGUAGUGCAAUUAUAUUUGACUAGCAGUCAGUUGUUCUCUUAAUCAAGAGGUGUUUUUAGCCAAUAUAUUCUUAAGUUCAAUGUUGCUUCACUGAUGCCUCACUGAGGCUUGAAUGAAACUGCUGAUGAUAUUUGACUUUCACCUUUUAUAAUUAUGUCAAUAUUUGAAUUUGCAGUACUUCCCAUCUUUUGAUAUGGGCUCUUUUAAAAUGACUGACCCUAAGGAAGCUGUAGGUUUGUCUCUUGAAAAAACCUCAAUGUUCCUCAAGUAGGCAAAGUUGAUGGUAAUGUUCAGUUUUGAAGAGAAGAAAAAACUGGGGCUAUAGUCAUUAAGUGUUUUGCUAUACCUCCCAACUCAAAAAUGAGACAGAUGAUAUGUACCAUAAAUGUCCAUGUAUAAGCAGCACUUUUUUUUCACAAAAUUGAAGCCAAAAAUCAAGGGUGCAGUUUAUCCAUGGAUACAUCUGUGUUUGGAGUUCUCAAAAAACCUAGUUAAUAUUCAAAAAACUUCUAAAGAUGCCAAGAAAUAAAUAUAAAAGAAACUGAGAGUGUGUUGCUGUAGUUCAUUGACUUUUUCACUGAGUGGCUCCUUUAGGAGCUGUUUGUGUCUUUGAGUGUUUAUCGGCAAAUCUUACUCUCCAAGAGUUCUUUCAAGCGACAACUUCUAUGUCAGUGUUUCAAAACCUUGAUUGUUUGUAGUAAUACAACUCUACUGAAACUUCAAACUGUAUUGUUUUUAUUUUUUUCCAAAUUCUGCACUUCCAAAUUGGGGGUGCGGCUUAUCUAUGGAUGCAGCUUAUACAUGGAGGUUUAUGGUAUUCAGUAUUCCUGAAAUUGUCUGUGUAAAUAGUUUUUUUAAAUGAGCUGGCACACAAAUCUGGGAAGGUUUCAACUACUGCACAACCUCAUUAUGUGUGAGUCAAAAGUUUAGUUUUUGUUUCACCAGAGGGUUUGUGAGAUUUUUCACAGUUGCAAAUUUAUGGUUUUGACCCAUAGCACAUGACAUGAUGUUCUCCAAUCAGAACACAUAUUUUAUUCAGGAGGCCAUUGGCUGUUGGCUAUAUUAGAAUUGCUCAAGCAUGAAAGCAGUUUUGUAGAAGCUACUUUUAGGCCUUAUUGUUUUUUUUUUCCUUUAUUACUAGUACUGACUUGUACCUGAUUCCCUUGCAGUAUUUCUAUUGAACAGUCUUUAUGUAGCAGGUAUAAACUAGGAGGGUUAAUUGGGGAAAUGAGAGAGAGGGGAGAGAAGGAGCAGUGCAACUGUAAAUGUAUGGAGUUGUGCCCACCUUCUUGGCCUCCUGUUUUCACUCCCUUCUUUUCCGAAUUUUUCCUGCCACUCAUUAAAUGCUGUUACAACUGUAUGGAGCAAAAUCAACUACAAAUUAAAAUUAUGUAAACACAUAAUUAUUUCUUUGCUCUUUUGAAUUAAUUUUUCAUUUUUCAUUCUUUUCUUAAGGGUGGACAAACAUGCAUCACAGAUGUCCUAUAUGUCUUGACAGUAUGGUUAAACCCCAAACUAUCAAGUGUGGUCAUGUUUUUUGCCAAGAUUGCUUAAGUCAAGCUUUGAGGAUAUUAAAUGUUUGCCCCAUUUGUAAGGAGCCACAAGGUGUGGUGACAGGGAAUCAACCACCAGGGCAAAUGACUUGGUCUACUCUGCAUUCCAGUCUCCCAGGUUACUCUGGUAUGCAUUAUACAACCCUUAAAUUCCAACAAACUCGCUCUGUUAUAAUUGAAAAAAAAAGAACUUAAUUUUCUUUUUUAAUUCAAAGGCUUGACAUGUCAAUGUUUUAUAAAAGAAUCAUCAAAGAUGAGCCAUCUUAUCAUUUGAAGAAAGUUUUAGACUUGAUCAACAUGAAAUUUAAUAACAUAAUAAAGUGAAAUAAAAAUGUAGAGAAAUUUUCUUUUUAGGUGGAAGCAGAAGUUCCAAACUUUGAUUAAAUAAGUGUUGUCUGAAGGUGGUCUGUUUAUGUCCUAGUAUGAUUUUGUCUCUAAGAUGCAGAAUCCUCAGAAAAUAACAAUUUUUGUAGUUACUCUAGUUGAUUAUUCUUAAACUUAAGGGGAUGUGAAUAUGAGUGGCUAACACUCAAAAUGUCAGCUUUGAAACUCUUUACGGUGGUUUAUUUACGUUAUCAACUGAGUUUAUAAUACUAAAUUACCCUCUCAUACCCUCCCACCAAUGCAGCUCCACAAUUUCUUAAGAAUCUUACCCCUUCAAUUGAAAUUGAAAUGGCAUUAAGAACCCUUUUUGACAAAAAUCAACAACAGUGUGAAUAGAAUUAUAUUUACUUUUUUCAAAUAGGUUAUAAGUAUUUCUAUGAUAAAUAGAAUUUCGAUUCGAAGUUGGUCUUUUUUUUUUCUUUCAUAAGGGUGUGGUACCAUCUGCAUUCAGUAUUCUUUUCAAUCAGGAGUUCAAGGCCCAGAGCACCCAAACCCUGGUCAGCGGUACAAUGGUACGCAUCGUACUGCGUAUUUGCCUGAUAAUCGCGAGGGUAAAGAAGUCUUGCAGCUGCUACACAGAGCUUUUAACGCACGGUUGGUGUUUACUGUGGGUACCUCCAUAACAACAGGACUAUCCAAUCAGAUCACAUGGAAUGAUAUACAUCAUAAGACAAGUACAACAGGGGGUGCCCAUGGGUAAGUAAGUUGAAAUUUGUAACGUGUCUUGCAAGGUGCGGUGUUCUUUCACCGAAAGGUUUCGCGCACGAUUAUUGUUGACCGUUGUCAUUAAUAAGAGUUCAGUCCUUUGAAGAAGUGACAAAAGAAAUCAUUGACCUGUGUUUUUUUUUUUCCCUAGAUUUGGUUAUCCCGAUCCACAUUAUCUCCAACGUGUUAAGGAAGACCUCGCCGCGAAAGGGAUCCGGUGAUCUUCAGUUGCAGCAGUCGGCCGCUUAUAUGAAGACAAAUUGAAGCCAGGACACUAUAACUCUUUCAUUUUUUUUCGGAACGAAGGCCUGGCUUGCCAACUGCACAUAACAAUUCUUGGAAAUUUGCAAAGUCAUACUGUACAAAUUU